GGCCAAAAAAAACGUUAAAACGCAAACGCGAAUCGUAGUUUCAUUCUCUCACUGAAGAAAACCCUAAUUUCUUCACACCGCUAUUUCAAACCCCCAAAUUGAAAUCCCAAUCGAAGAAUUUCAUAAACCUAGUUAAUCAAUUUUGUGUUGGAAGAUUGAAUCAAGCACGAAUCGUGAAGAAGUAGUUGAAAAAUAUGGUUUUGGAAACGGAAAUCAUCUAUCAACAAAGCAUGUUAGAUGUGAAGUAUCACCUUCGCGUUUCUCAAGAGAAUGGUGUCAAGGUUGAGGUUUCACCUGCUUCUAAUGUUGUUCCGAUUUUUAGCCAUGUUAGGGUUUCGUCUGAAUCGAUUUCAACCGAAACGUCUAUUUUUGAAUCGACUGUGAGUUGCUCAGAGAUGAUUACAGAUUCUAUUUUAGAGGAUGCUGUUGCAAGGUUUAAACCAAAUGUUCGUUCUGGUAGCUGUGCUGAUAUUGGACCGAGGGGAUCAAUGGAUGAUGAACACAUUCAAAUUGAUGAUCUAGCUGCCCACCUUGGAUUUGUCUUUAAUUACCCUACACCGAGUGCUUUUUAUGCAGUCUUUGAUGGGCAUGGAGGGCCUGAUGCAGCUGUGUUUGUUAAGAACAAUGCUAUGAAAUUAUUUUUUGAAGAUACUACUAUGCUGCAAACGUAUGAUACUGAUGCACUUCUGCUGAAGAAGUUGGAAGCUUCUCAUCGGAAAGCCUUUCUAGGCGCCGACCUUGCUUUGGCUGAUGAACAGAGUGUCAGUAGUUCUUGUGGGACAACAGCACUGACUGCUCUUAUACUCGGAAGGCAUUUGAUGGUUGCUAAUGCCGGCGAUUGUCGAGCUGUUCUUUGUAAGCGUGGAGUGGCUGUUAACAUGUCUCAAGACCACAGACCAAGUUAUCUACCAGAGCGCAAGAGAGUGGAAGAGUUGGGCGGUUAUAUUGAUGACGGAUAUCUCAAUGGUUAUCUUUCUGUCACUCGUGCCCUUGGCGAUUGGGACUUAAAAUUACCACUUGGUUCUGCAUCACCUCUUACUGCUGAACCAGAUGUUCAGGUAGUCACACUGACUGAGGAAGACGAGUUCUUGAUCAUUGGCUGUGAUGGCAUUUGGGAUGUAAUGUCAAGCCAGGAGGCAGUUAGUCUUGUUCGUCGUGGAUUACGAAGGCACGAUGACCCACAACAAUGUGCAAGAGAGCUAGUCAAAGAAGCAUUGCGCCUCCACACAACAGAUAAUCUUACUGUUAUUGUUAUUUGUUUGUCUCCUGUCGAAACCAUUGUUGAAUCAUGUCCACCCCAGAGACGAAGAUUCAGAGCCUGCUCUCUGUCUGAAGAAGCUCGGAACAAAUUGAGGAGCUUGCUUGAAAGUAACUGAAUGUAAAUACAGUUGUCAUGAUUCAGCAGAAAUUGAUUAAUGUUUUGUAGGCUGUUGUAGUAGAGUUAGAGCAGCCAUCAGUUUUGUAGGGAUGGAAGAGGAUAGUUGGAGAUGGUUGAUGGGUGAGUGAGGCAUAUUUAACUUGCUGAGGCAUUUUCUAGUUUAUUUUGGCAUUUGUAGAGACAGAUCACAAAUGUAGCAAAAACUAGUUUUGGCGGAUUAGAUUACACAUUAUUGUUACAUGUGUAAAUAAGAAAUGAUUUAGACUUAUGAGGGUAGAAUUUGCAACCAUAAUAUUUGUUUUUUGUGUUGGAUGAGAAAGUUGAAUGAACGUAUUAACCAA